AUGAAUCACUACGAGAAGCAGGGCCUCAAUGAGGACAACUUUGGCGCAAAAGGCAGCAUUGUGAGCGCAUUCGACGCCUUUCCCAAGUCAAAACCCGAAUAUGUCACCCGUACCGAAGGUGGCGGCAAAUGGACUGUGGCCAUGGCAGUCGUGUCCGUCUUCCUGCUUUGGGCCGAGAUCGCACGAUGGUGGCGCGGCGCCGAGUCCCAUACAUUCGCUGUUGAAAAGGGAAUUUCACACUCGAUGCAAAUCAAUCUCGAUACCGUCAUCCUUAUGAAGUGCGGCGAUUUACACAUCAACGUCCAGGAUGCUGCUGGCGACCGCAUCCUGGCCGGCUCCAAGCUGAACAUGGACGAGACGAGCUGGUCACAGUGGGUGAACCAAAAGGGUGUGCAUAAGCUGGGGAGAGACAGCGAGGGCCGUGUCAUAACCGGCGCAGGGUGGCAGAACCUGGACGACGAAGGCUUUGGGGAGGAACACGUUCACGACAUCGUGGCUCUCGGCCAGAGGAGGGCCAAAUGGGCCAAGACGCCUCGAGUCAAAGGUCCCCCUGAUAGCUGCCGAGUCUAUGGAAGCUUGGAUUUGAACAAGGUGCAGGGUGAUUUUCACAUAACGGCUAGAGGCCAUGGGUACCGUGGCCAGGGUAGCCAUUUGGACCACGAACAAUUCAACUUUUCACACAUCAUCUCCGAAUUGUCCUUUGGCUCAUACUACCCAUCCCUGGUGAACCCUCUUGAUCGCACCUUGAACAUUGCCGAGAACCACUUCCACAAAUUCCAGUACUACGUCUCCGUGGUGCCAACCCGCUACAGCGUCGGCUCCAGUUCCAUCUUUACCAACCAGUAUGCCGUUACCGAGCAGAGCAAGGGCGUGUCUGAAUACAACGUUCCCGGCGUCUUUGUCAAGUACGACAUUGAGCCCAUCCUGCUAUCCGUAAACGAGAAGCGCGACGGCAUCUUGAUGUUUGUCGUCAAGCUCAUCAAUGUGCUUUCGGGCGUGUUGGUCGCUGGGCACUGGGGCUUUACGCUGAGCGAGUGGUUCCGUGAGGUGAUUGGCAAGAGGAGGAGAAGCAGUGGCGGCGACGGCGUUUUGGGAUCCAAACAUGGCUAUGACGCGUAG